AUGUCGACUUAGCAAAAAUCAUAAUCGGCUAAAUAGAUUUAAGGGAAAUCGAAGGUGCAAAAUAAGCAAUCCCUGAAUUCUAAGAAACUAAAAUAAUAAAAAAUUUAAAACCAAAAGGAAGAGUCCUUAAGGGAAAUUCUGGGCUUCUUUACAAAUUAAGUCGAUGCUAAGAAAUUUCUAAAGAAGAAAACUGCAAAAGAUUUGGUUGAUAAGGAUAUCAAUGAUAAGGAAUACAAGGAAGAAAAAAUUUAAGAUGAAUUUCUGAAUCCAAAUGAAUUUGCAGAAGUUAAAGGAACAUACGAUGAUUACAAUAUUGGAGAUUUGGCUGUAAUAUUUUAAAAUCCAGACUCCGAUAAUUGCGAGAAUAGACCAGUUUCCUUCAAAGAUGCUGUCAAAAUAUACGAUGAAAUGUUAACUGUGAUGACUGAUGAGGUUUCAAAAUCAUAGAUGAAAAAAGAAAGAUGUUCUUUUCUAUUGGCAUUUUUAACUUUAGAUGAUUACGAAGAUAAGAAGGACGAGGGAAACCAAAAAAAGAAGAAAAAGAAAAAUUUAAAGAAAGAAGAUAAAUAAAAAACAAUCAAGUCUUUAUAGACUGCCACACAAUUCGGAGAGGAAAAGGAAUAGUUACAAAAAAAACAAGAAAAAACAUCCUAUGAUAGAUAUCUAGAUUUCUUAAGAAUGUAUAAAAAAUAAGAGCAAGAUCAAAAGUUAUAAGAAGAUGAAUAGAAAAAAGGAGGUGAAGUUAUUUAACAAAAGAAAUAAGCCUAUUUAGAUGAAAUUGGUAUUGAACCUGAUAAAAUGGAGGUUAAUCCGAAUAUGGUUUUAGAUCCAAUAAAAGAAUUGCAAAAAGUAGAUAUAAGUGAUACUUCUCAAUUCAAAAAAGUCAAAAAAAAAUGGUGUCAAGGCCAAUAUUUAAAGAAGACUAAAAUUGAUGAAUUUCAAGAAAAGUAUGAAUGGACAUGCCAAAAUACUCCCCCAAAGGAUUUUCUAACAUUGAUCAGAUUUACAAUUAUGGCCAAAUUGUGUAGAAAUGGAUUUCUUCAUUGCAGGUAGUUUAUAAAUGGCACAGGAGAGUUGAUUUUCCUUAUCUUAAAAAGCAGUAAAGAGGUGGUCAAAAGAUCAGCUCAAAAUAUGAAGGUCACAAAAUAGAUUGAAUUGGGGUUUGCUGAUUUGUUUAGUUUGGAACCAGUUGAUGAAAGUUUCAGACCUUUAAGAUUAAAGAAUUACAUUAGACAAUAUGCAAACAAUGAAGAAAUUAAGAAAAAGCUUUAAGAAAUUAUUGAUUCAAGGAAGGAGGCUCAAGGUAAAGAGGAUGAGUUUAAAAAGAAGUAGGAUUAGUCAGAUAAGAAAGACAAUAAGGAUUUAAAUACUGAUCCAAAUCAAGCUUUAGUUGAUUAAUUGUAGCAUUUUAAAAAGAUGCAAGAUUUCAAGGAGAAAAAAUAUGUAGAUUAAGAGGAAAUCAAAAUAGAAGAGAAUGUUUAGUAGCAGAACAAUUAAACCAUUGGAAAUUAUUGUGAUUCUCUCUAUCCUAUUAUUUGCUAAUGGGAUGACACUUUACUCUAGGUGUACACCAUCCUAAAGUAGCAAGAAGUUGAUAAAAUUAUGAAAAUCAUAGCCAAAGAACUUAAUAUUGAUUAGAGUCACGAGAAAGUCGAAUUGAUUAAUGAUAAAGAUAUCACUAGGAAGGAAUGGGAGAUCUAUUACAUUUAUAUGGAGAUCCUGUUGCAUUUUGGGUAGAAGAUACAAAAUUUAAAGAAAAAAGGGAAUACUCAGAUCUAAGAUAAUUAAGCUUUCUUGUAUAAAUUGAUCUUCAGAAAGGCAUUGGGAGAUGCAAAUGAAUUAUGGUAUAAAAAUCAUCCAAGUGUUAUGAGUGAGAUAACAUAGAAUAAGUCAAUCUUAUUGAAUUUAUGGGGUAGACUAAAUGUAGACCCAGUAGCACCUUACACUGAAUUCUUUUAACCUAAUAAUGAGGUCGGAAACUCAAUGUGGAGAAAGUAUGAAGUCAAUGAGAAAGGUUUGAGAUCAGAAUUUAUUAAUAUGGAGAAGAUUAAGAUUACUCAUGCCAUUGUAUUAAAAAACAUCAAUAUUUUAAAAAUGAUUAAAGAACUUAUUGUGACUGCCUAUUUCCCAAUUCACGACCAUUAUCAAUUGCAAGCCAUUCCAAAAAGUCCAUUCUUCGAGAAACUUAUAGAAGGUGAGUUUAUGCAACCAAAAGAAGAUACUGAACACGAAUAUGAAUUAAAAAAUCUCUUUAAUGAAUUAAAGGAUGAAGCAGAACCAACUGAUUUUGAUUCAGAUAGUUUAGAGGAAUCAAGUGCCUUUAAUUUUAGGAUCCCUUGGCAUGUAUCAAUCAAUUCUAUGAGGGAUUAUUUUGGUGAAAAAAUUGCUCUGUAUUUCUCUUUUUUGAGUUAUUUCACUAAACAACUAUGGUAUAUGGCCAUUAUUGGUAUUAUUGCCUAAGGAUUGAUCUCUGCUUCCACAGAAGAAGCGAAAUCCACUAUGAUUAUCCUAUUUUCAUUGGCUAUCAUUAUUUGGAGUACGUUCUUCAUUGAAUUUUGGAAAAGAGAACAAAUCCUAUUUAGUGUUUAGUUUGGGUAACAAAAUUUUGAAGAGGAUGAAGCUGAAAGACCCGCUUUUCAAGGUAAAUAUAUAAGGUCAAUUACAAACGAUGAUUUGAAUGAAGAAUUUUACUCUCCUUUUUUGAGAAAGAUGAAACAAUUGUUUUCAUUGGCUGUUAGUUUUCUUAUCAUAGGAUGUGUCAUUGGUAGUGUGUUGGGAAUAUUUUUCUUUAAGAAUUUAAUGUUACAAUAGAAAGCCGAUCCCUUUUAUGCUUAGAAUGUUCCAGCUCUUUUAAAUUUUAUUUAAAUUAACUUUUUUAACUUUGUCUAUUAAAAAUUAAGUGACAUUUUCAAUAUGUAUGAAAACCAUAAGAUUUUGUCAUCCUAUGAAAAUUCUCUUAUUGCUAAAAUAUUCAUAUUUAUGUUUGUCAACAAGUAAGUUAUGAUCAUUANAUGAUAAAGAUAUCACUAGGAAGGAAUGGGAGAUCUAUUACAUUUAUAUGGAGAUCCUGUUGCAUUUUGGGUAGAAGAUACAAAAUUUAAAGAAAAAAGGGAAUACUCAGAUCUAAGAUAAUUAAGCUUUCUUGUAUAAAUUGAUCUUCAGAAAGGCAUUGGGAGAUGCAAAUGAAUUAUGGUAUAAAAAUCAUCCAAGUGUUAUGAGUGAGAUAACAUAGAAUAAGUCAAUCUUAUUGAAUUUAUGGGGUAGACUAAAUGUAGACCCAGUAGCACCUUACACUGAAUUCUUUUAACCUAAUAAUGAGGUCGGAAACUCAAUGUGGAGAAAGUAUGAAGUCAAUGAGAAAGGUUUGAGAUCAGAAUUUAUUAAUAUGGAGAAGAUUAAGAUUACUCAUGCCAUUGUAUUAAAAAACAUCAAUAUUUUAAAAAUGAUUAAAGAACUUAUUGUGACUGCCUAUUUCCCAAUUCACGACCAUUAUCAAUUGCAAGCCAUUCCAAAAAGUCCAUUCUUCGAGAAACUUAUAGAAGGUGAGUUUAUGCAACCAAAAGAAGAUACUGAACACGAAUAUGAAUUAAAAAAUCUCUUUAAUGAAUUAAAGGAUGAAGCAGAACCAACUGAUUUUGAUUCAGAUAGUUUAGAGGAAUCAAGUGCCUUUAAUUUUAGGAUCCCUUGGCAUGUAUCAAUCAAUUCUAUGAGGGAUUAUUUUGGUGAAAAAAUUGCUCUGUAUUUCUCUUUUUUGAGUUAUUUCACUAAACAACUAUGGUAUAUGGCCAUUAUUGGUAUUAUUGCCUAAGGAUUGAUCUCUGCUUCCACAGAAGAAGCGAAAUCCACUAUGAUUAUCCUAUUUUCAUUGGCUAUCAUUAUUUGGAGUACGUUCUUCAUUGAAUUUUGGAAAAGAGAACAAAUCCUAUUUAGUGUUUAGUUUGGGUAACAAAAUUUUGAAGAGGAUGAAGCUGAAAGACCCGCUUUUCAAGGUAAAUAUAUAAGGUCAAUUACAAACGAUGAUUUGAAUGAAGAAUUUUACUCUCCUUUUUUGAGAAAGAUGAAACAAUUGUUUUCAUUGGCUGUUAGUUUUCUUAUCAUAGGAUGUGUCAUUGGUAGUGUGUUGGGAAUAUUUUUCUUUAAGAAUUUAAUGUUACAAUAGAAAGCCGAUCCCUUUUAUGCUUAGAAUGUUCCAGCUCUUUUAAAUUUUAUUUAAAUUAACUUUUUUAACUUUGUCUAUUAAAAAUUAAGUGACAUUUUCAAUAUGUAUGAAAACCAUAAGAUUUUGUCAUCCUAUGAAAAUUCUCUUAUUGCUAAAAUAUUCAUAUUUAUGUUUGUCAACAAGUAAGUUAUGAUCAUUAUUGUAGUUUCAAUUCUUUCUUUAUUAUUUCAUUUUUGUCCGGAUAUUUUUCAUAAUUACAAUUGUGUAAAGUAAGUGAGGAUGUGUAGAAUGACUGUUUUUAAGUGUUAUCAAAUCAGAUGACUGUUAUUUUUCUAUCAAACAUAGGUAAAAACAUUCCAGAAUUGGCGACUCCCUAUAUCAAGGCUUUUAUUACAAAAGUACAUCAUUUCAUACUAUAAAACCCUAGCAAAUGAAGUCCAAAACUACCAAAGAAGUUGAACAUGCAUUUAAGUUGAUUGAUUCAGCCAUUGAUGAUCAAAUGGAAUUAGAACCAUAUCAAACAAAUGAGGAAGUAGAUGGAACAGUCAAUGAUUAUAUGGAACUUGUUAUUUAGUUUUCGUACCUUGCUUUGUUUGGACUUGCCUUCCCAUCAUGCUAUAUCUUAGCAUUUGUUUCGAACAUUAUAGAAAUACAAGUUGAUAAGUUCAAGUUGAUCAGAGUAUCAAGAAGACCCUUCCCUCAGGGAGCUGCAACAAUAGGAAAUUGGCUCAUUAUUUUAGAAGUAAUCACAUUUUUUGGGAUAUUCUCAAACUCUGGAUUAAUUGUCUAUACCUCCUAAACAAUUCAAACGAAUCAAAUUGUUAUAUUUUCAGUUUUACUAGUAGUUUUUUUGGCAUUGAAAUAUUUUAUCCGAUUUUUGGUGCCAGACGAACCAGAAUCAGCAACUAUUCUAAACAAAAGACAUUAAUAUGUUGUUGAUAAAGUAGUUAAAGUAAGAUCUAUCACUAUUUUAAGGGUUUUGCUCAAACUGGUCAAAAAUCAUACACUCCAGCCAAAAUUAACUUAAAAAUUGGAGGCGUCAUCUAUUCACAAUAGGUUUCAUAAAUAUUCAAUCAAGAUGAGAGUAGCAAUAGAAAUGAAGAGAUUGCUGAAUGA